GUUGUUUGUGCGCAUAGAUGCGACAACUAUAUAUUUCUUGAUUGGGCACAUGCAGUGCUCGCACAUAGCGCCGUUCGCCUGCCCAAACGGAUGGGAACCGAUGUCGUGGACAAUUAAUACUGCGGAGAGAAUUUCCGCUGGUGUGGAACAUUAUCUGUCUCAGUACUAUGGAAGGCCAGAGCGAUGCCCUGAUGGCCGGUAUACGAUAUCCGGCUGUACAGCAGAUCAUGAAUUGUUCGAGGGCCUGCCGCCUGAAGUCAUGUCGCUCGUCCUGGAAUCCCUCGAUAUCCACUCUAAAGUCAGAGCGAAACGAACCUGUGCACUGUGGGAUUUUUUGCUGCCGGAUCCCGCAGCCGACGCGUGCAUCAUCCUGGACUUGGCCAAUCUCAGUUCGCAAUGGCCGCUGCAACGAACUACGGAAGGGUACCUGCUAGCGCGCUUGCUGCACCACACCGUUAACGUCAACACUCACGCACUGGUUUUGUACAAUCUCUUCCACCGCAAUACAGAUGGCAUCCCUCUCAAUUAUCUGACCCUUAUUGUACAGCUGUUACAAAUCCGAUGCAUACUCCGGCUGAUCAUGCUGAUGAAUCUGCGGGUGCGUGUGAGCCGAGCCAAUCCCAGAAAAGAACAAGAUCCCGAAGAUGACCGUUUGAGUGUUAUGUAUUUCUAUCCGCUGGAUUUCACGAACGUCUGCCAACGGUUGUUCAUCCGAAAUUACACGGUGGAUUUUGACUGUUCGUCUUACUCGACGGACAUUGUCGGUAGUGCAUUUCAGCAUCCAAUGCCGGGAUUUGUCGAAUCUAAGGGGUCUUUCUUUAUGAGCAUUAGGAUUCCCGCGAUGAGCUUUCCGUAUGCCGAAAGUAAAGAGGAAAAAGCAGAAUGUAUGCAGCAGUUCAAAUUGGCGUUAGAGGCCAACUGUCCUCCGGUGGAUCCCGCGGUAAAGCAGCGCGUCAUGGCUCUCCAUGCCCAAUGGGUGAAAACGGUGCCAUAUCGGAAGCCGCAGUGGCGCGAGCUUCGACAUCUGCUUAAAUUCUACGGAACAUAUGAGAGCCCUGAACUUUGCCGCUUUUGGCGAGAUGUGGACGUUCGGCGUUUGGAUGGGGUUGUUCUGGGGAAUCUGCAGUUGACCAUCCUGGCCCGGGAUUACCCAGGCGGCGCUGAACGGACGCGUAUUGCGCGCCUACUCAAGUCGAUUUCGUCUGCCAAGAAAAAGGUGUUGGCUGUCGCUGUGGCUAAUUCAAAACGCUCGGAAUGCACUGAUACUCGUAUUUCUGAAGAGGUUUUCUUGUCCCCGGAUUUUUAACAACUAACAUACAGCUACUUUCCGUGCUUUUCGAUUUAUUGGUGCUUUCAAGCAAACUCCGUUCUCUGUCUGCUGCAUUCAUUACGAGCGCCGCUUGUUAUGCUUUUACAUUGUUCACUAGCUAACCCCGCUCAGAAAUUCGGCAGAUUGCAUCCUCCAUAUGUGGCU